AUGGCUAACCUACCUCAAUCCCUGAACAUGAAAGCAGCUCCCUUCGAGGCUGGAUCCAGCGCUUCAUCGGCCCUUGGAGGACCUCAAGCCGCGGCCGGUAAUAAGGACCGAAAAAUGCAAUCGGCUGAGCAACUCGUCCUUGAUCUCUGCAAUCCUGAUCUCCGUGAAAACGCCCUUCUCGAACUCUCCAAGAAGAGGGAACUGUUUCAAGAUUUAGCUCCUUUACUGUGGAAUUCCUUUGGUACAAUUGCUGCUCUUUUGCAGGAAAUAGUUUCCAUCUACCCUGUUUUAUCACCGCCAAACUUAACUCCAGCACAAUCAAACAGAGUUUGCAAUGCACUUGCACUACUUCAGUGUGUGGCCUCUCACCCAGACACAAGAAUGUCGUUUCUUAAUGCCCACAUACCAUUGUAUCUAUACCCUUUUCUCAACACAACCAGCAAAUCUAGGCCCUUUGAGUACUUGAGGCUCACAAGUUUAGGUGUCAUUGGUGCUCUGGUGAAGGUUGAUGACACUGAAGUUAUCAGUUUCCUUCUUUCUACUGAAAUUAUUCCGCUGUGCCUCCGCACCAUGGAGAUGGGGAGGAGGAAAACCGUGAAGGUGGUGGUGUAUACAAAUGUUAAUCUGGAGUCGCAUACAAGAGCUUCAGAGUGGUUCACAAGCCCACUUGCUAAAUACAUACUUUUUGCAUGUAACCUUAUUUUCCUUGUGCUGCAGUGUUCUCUAUCUGCCGUUAUUUUUACAGUCACUCAAGCUAAAAAAAUUUUGCUUGAUGAUGUUGGCUUAGAUUACAUAUGUACCACAGCAGAGCGGUUCUUUGCUGUAGGUCGAGUACUGGGAAAUAUGGUUGCUGCUCUUGCUGAGCAGCCUUCAGUUAGGCUGUUAAAACACAUUAUCAGGUGCUAUCUUCGAUUGUCUGAUAAUGCGAGAGCUUGUGAUGCGCUGAGAAGUUGUCUACCAGAUAUUCUUAGGGAUGCAACAUUUAGCAGUUGCCUUCGUGAAGAUCCAACCACGAGAAGAUGGCUGCAGCAGUUGCUUCACAAUGUGCAAAUGCCUCGGGUUGCUGAGGAAUUUGUAACAUCAGUUAACCAAGAGAAAGAGGCAGAGAUGUAUGGAGGAUUGGUGAAGGCACCAAGAAUUCUUGCAGACAUCUUGAAGUCAGUGGCAGCUGCAGUAUAUGUUGACACUGGUUUUAGUAUAAAGAUAAUGUGGAAGAUUAGUUUCCUUCUUCAUUUUGCUCUUUCUUAA